GGGCCGCGCGCGGCCGCCGGUUCCGCCUCCUCCGCCGCCUCCCCGCGGCCGCCGCCGCCAUGUUGGAUGGUGCGUGUGGGUGUCAAGCGCAGCCCGCGGCCGCCGGGCACCGGGACACCGGGACACCGCGCCCGCCCCGCGCCCGCAGGUCAUGAUUUUCAUUUUCUCGUGUCAUUCUCUUGAGGAGAGGAAAUGAUUGUAGUGGAACGUGUCACAAAUUUGCCACUGCUACGGAGCCUUUGCAGUUCAGAAACGUUCCUGGAAGAGCAGAUUUAGUCCUUUGCUGUUUGUGUUCUGGAAUCUGGCUUGGUGAAAAGGGAAAUAAAAAUGACGACUUCGUCUAUCAGACGGCAGAUGAAGAACAUUGUGAACAAUUACUCAGAGGCCGAAAUAAAAGUUCGGGAAGCGACCUCAAAUGACCCCUGGGGUCCUUCCAGUUCGUUGAUGACUGAAAUAGCAGAUCUGACCUACAAUGUUGUGGCCUUUUCUGAAAUUAUGAGCAUGAUCUGGAAACGACUGAACGACCACGGCAAGAACUGGCGACACGUCUACAAGGCCCUCACUCUCUUAGAUUACCUGAUUAAAACUGGGUCUGAGAGGGUGGCCCAGCAGUGUAAAGAGAAUAUUUUUGCUAUCCAGACAUUGAAAGAUUUUCAGUACAUCGAUCGAGAUGGGAAAGACCAGGGCAUCAACGUGAGGGAGAAAUCCAAGCAGCUGGUGUCCCUUCUGAAGGACGACGAGCGCCUCAAGACAGAGAGGGCCCAAGCCCUGAAGACCAAAGAACGAAUGGCUCAGGUGGCCACUGGGGUGGGCAGCAACCAGAUCACCUUUGGCCGAGGCUCCAGCCAGCCCAACCUGUCCACCAGCUACUCAGAGCAGGAGUAUGGAAAGUCUGGAGGAUCCCCAGCAUCCUACCACGGCUCCACAUCCCCUCGAGUGUCCUCGGAGCUGGAGCAGGCACGGCCCCAGACCAGUGGGGAAGAGGAGCUGCAGCUGCAGCUGGCGCUGGCCAUGAGCCGGGAGGUGGCGGAGCAGGUCGGUGCCCGUGAGGAGCGCCUCAGACGCGGAGAUGAUCUGAGAUUACAGAUGGCUCUGGAGGAGAGUCGCAGAGACACAAUUAAAAUUCCCAAAAAGAAGGAGCACACCACUUUGUUGGACCUGAUGGAUGCUCUGCCCUCCUCGGCACCGGCCCCACCCAAAAGCGAGCCCUGGGGACCUCCUGCCACCGCUGCUGGUGCUGCUGCCAACCAGACGGAUCCCUGGGGAGGAUCCACAGCUGCAGCCCCUGCCUCUGACCCCUGGCAAUCAUUUGGUGCCAAACCAGCUGCUUCCGUUGACCCUUGGGCAGCACCAGCAGGAUCCACAGCUCAGCCUCUGGCCAAAAAUGUGGACCCUUGGGCUCCUGCUCAGCCAUCUUCUACUGCAGCAAAAUCUUCUGUGGAUCCUUGGGGAUCAGCACCUGCAAACAAACCUCUCUCUACUUCUGGAAGUACAUCUUUUGACCUCUUCAGUAAUUUGAAUGGUACAGUUAAAGAUGAUUUUUCUGAAUUUGACACACUUCGAACUUCCAAAAAGCCAGCUGAAUCAGGUUCCACUCUGCCAUCUCAGCACAGCGGUACCACGAGUCCUGAUCUCUUCGAGUCCCAGCACUCGAGUGGGACAUCAGGCAAACAAAGCACGGCCCGGAAAACCCCGGAGUCCUUCCUGGGCCCCAACGCUGCCCUGGUGAACCUGGAUUCUCUGGUGUCUAAACCACCACAGCCUGUUACUUCUCUGAAUCCAUUCUUGGCACCAGGCGCCGCUACCACAGCGACUCCGAUCAACCCCUUCCAGGUGAACCAGCCUCAGCCACUGACCCUGAACCAGAUGAGAGCGAGUCCCGUGAUGGGCAGCAGCCCCUCCUUCAGCGCCGUGCCCCCGAUGAGCAUGGAGCCAAUACCUCUGUCUUCCAUGGCCCCCGUGCCCGUGGGGAUGGCACCGCUGCCGGCCAUGGGCACCAUCAGGAUGGGCCAGGGGCUGAGCAUUGCAGGAUCAAUGCCCCAAGCUCUGCACAGUACAGGAAUGCCGCCAGCAGCCUCCCAGGCUGCAAAUACAACUAACCCUUUCCUCCUAUAAAGACCCAAUUAAAGGAACUUUUCUUUUC